CCAGGUCAACCAGACGCGCCAGCGGUGCUCAAGGAUUCCUCUCAGCUUACGCAAUUACCGGAGGGCAGCAGGCGUCAUCGCAUUGCUUUGGGGACUUCACUCACGCUUUCUUCUCCAGAGUACAACUGGUGACAACAAGCCGGCGUUAACAUGCUCCAAAAUGGGAACGGAAAGGAGAAGCCGCUGCAAGCGCCAAAAGCUGAGGCAGAGCCGGACUCCCCGGCUGACAACCCGAAACAGCAGCAGCCCGCUCCCCCUGCUACUGAAAAAGAGGACGCGGACAGCGAGUCCACACACUUCGCCAUGCCCGUUUAUCCCAAAGUGGAGAUAAAGCGCCAUGCAGUGACGGACGAUUAUAAGAUCUCCAGUCAGGUUCUGGGUUUAGGGAUCAAUGGCAAAGUCCUACAGUGCUUCAACAAGAAGACAGGAGAGAAGUGCGCACUAAAGAUUCUCUAUGACAGCCCCAAAGCCAGACGAGAGGUGGAGCUCCACUGGCGAGUAUCAGGAGGGCCGUAUAUUGUUCGCAUCCUCAGCCUGUAUGAGAACAUGCAUCAGGGAAAGAAGUGCCUGCUCAUCAUCAUGGAGUGUAUGGAAGGGGGAGAGCUGUUCAGCCGAAUCCAGGCCAGAGGAGACCAGGCCUUCACUGAAAAAGAGGCUUCUGAGAUUAUGAGGGACAUCGGCACGGCCAUUGAGUAUCUCCACAACAUUAACAUUGCACACAGAGACAUCAAGCCAGAGAACCUGCUGUACACCACUAAAGAAAGAAACGGGGUCCUCAAAUUAACAGACUUCGGCUUUGCUAAGGAGACAACGCUACACAACCCUCUACAGACCCCCUGUUACACACCGUACUAUGUGGCUCCUGAGGUUUUGGGUCCAGAGAAAUAUGACAAUUCUUGCGACAUGUGGUCUCUGGGCGUCAUCAUGUACAUCCUGUUGUGUGGCUUUCCUCCAUUUUACUCCAACACGGGCCAGGCCAUUUCUCCGGGGAUGAAGAGGAGGAUCAGGAUGGGCCAGUACGAAUUCCCCAACCCAGAGUGGGCUGAGGUGUCACAGGAAGCCAAAGAUUUGAUCCAUCAGCUACUGAAGACAGACCCAAACGAGAGAAUGACCAUCACUCAAUUUAUGAACCACCCCUGGAUUAAUAAGUCCAUGGUGGUUCCCUCCACUCCGCUCCACACCACCCGGGUCCUGACUGAAGACAGAGAGAUGUGGGAGGAUGUGAAGGAAGAGAUGACCAGUGCUUUAGCAACCAUGCGCGUGGACUACGACCAGGUGAAGAUCAAAGAUCUCGACACUUCCAGCAACCCGCUACUCAACAAGAGACGCAAGAAGGCCGCUGCGGGGGCCAAGAGUGGGUCCACGGUCUGCCAAAGUCAGUGAGACACAGAGGACUGUUGGUGGAAAUCCAGACAGCCAGUGAUGACGAAAAGCAGCUCAGAAGUUGGAAAAGUUUAUUUGAGCGGGAGAAGAUCAUUUAGAGACCUGCACGAGACUGGACGUUGGGGGAAGGUUCUCUGAAAUAAAGGGACAACAUAGGAACAACAGCAAAGUCAGAGCUGGACAUUUAUACGACAUAUCAAGACAUGAUAUCACAUGUUUCUCCUGUCAGUGGUAGAAAUCAACAGCUCUGCUCACUGUGGGUCUAUCUGUUUUUAAUUAUUUUUAUGUAUGUCAUUUUUAGACCUUGCCGGUUUGUAAGAGUGUCUGUGUGCAGACAUAAAGUAUUUCUAGUGAUCAUGUUGUGUGUACUUAAAUGCUGGGUUGCCUAUUCGAGCUCUCCUUUGUAACUAGUGUGCAAAUCACACAGACAGACAGUCUGUGAAACUAGAACACUCACUAUUACCUGCGUUGUCUUCAUAUUGUCUUUUUUUUUUUUCAGGAAUUAAAAGAACAUCUGACACUGUCUGCCUUGUUACUGUAAUAACAUGUAGCCUCCAUACACUUCUACCCAAGGGAGUAUUUUUUUUAUUUAAAGCAACCAUAAAAUGGCCCCAUACGUAUUACAAAGCAGUAUGUUUUACUCACUGUCACUGCUUCAGAUCAGCAUUGUGUCCUCCUAAUGGAGCAAUGAGAGGCAGCACACAAACCUGUCUGUUUCCUGUCAGUGUGGGGCCAGAGGGUGUUAUGUAAGCAGCAGUGGGGUAAUGGUUAGUUUUGCUACAUGGAUGAGUUGUGACACUUUUUAUUGAGAAAGAUCUUGUGUAAAAAAAAAAAAAAA